AGACCUCUGUCCUUCUCUCCACUCUCAGAUUAACCCCGUUUGAUGGGACUUUUGUCGUCACCGUUUUGGGACUGAAGCCUGGAGGCUUUCGGAGGAGAGCUCCGUCCGGACGGUGUCACUCCCAAAGGAGGAAGAGGGUGUAGCCAUUUACCUGGGCAGAGUCACCUGUUGGCUUCAUGUCGGUCGUCGAAUUUCAUUGACAUUUGGACGUUAAAACACUGGCGUCACUCAGGCAUAAAACAGAAAAGGCGUUUAAGGAUGUCAAGAAGAUCCUGACCCGUAGCCCCGACAUGAGCGUCCCAUCAUGGUUCCUGGUCAGCAGCUCGGGCACGCGCCACCGCCUACCCCGAGAAAUGAUUUUUGUCGGCCGAGAAGAAUGUGAGCUCAUGUUGCAGUCACGCAGCGUGGACAAACAGCAUGCUGUGAUCAACUACGACUCAAACAGAGAUGAGCACAUGGUGAAAGACCUGGGCAGCUUGAACGGGACAUUUGUGAAUGACCUGAGGAUCCCGGACCAGACGUACAUCACCCUGAAGCUGUCCGACGUCAUCCGCUUCGGUUAUGAUGUCCAUGUUUAUAUUUUGGAGAGGAGUCAACACAGAGUCCCAGAGGAAGCUCUUAAACAUGAGAAGUACACCAGCCAGCUGCAGCUAAGCAUAAAAUCCCUGGAAGCCAAGUCCAAGGAAAAACAGCAGCUUCAGAGAUUGGAGAAGAGCAAAGAUACCAUUUCCAAUUUUAAACUGCAGGAAAGGACUGAGCGUAAGGCCCAGUCGCUCACAGCUUCCACUGAUUCUCCAAUAUCAAAGCCCACACCUUUGUAUGGCCAACCGUCCUGGUGGGGGGAAGAUGAGGAACAAGCCAACACUAAGCACAGCAGAGGGGGAAAAGUGGCAGAAGAUGAGACUUCAGAACCUCCCAAAGAUGCAUCCAGAUACGGGGUUACCCGCGCUCACUCAGACAUUCAGGCCAAGUCCACCUUCUCCUACCGCCGAGAGCCAAGCAACUUUGAAGCUCCGACCAAGGAGUUCCAGCAGAAAGCUGCAAAAAGUCCAACAUCACAGAUUCACGAAGUACCAACAAAGGAUACCUCAGAUCCUACUCAGUUUGUCCCCUCCACACCCACGCCUCCUGUGGUCCAAAGCCACGCCUCCUUCACCAUCGAAUUUGAUGAAUGUACUCCAGGGAAAUUGAAGAUUAAAGACCAUGUGACCAAGUUCGCCCUUCGGCAGCAGCGUAAGCAAACGUCCCCGGAGGCCCCCUCCACUCCCACAGAGGUCGUAUCAGCAGAAAGCAAAGUGGCUGAUUGGUUGGUCCAAAGCAACGCAAGCAUGAUGAGGAGAAAGUCGCAGGGGGAAAAUUUAUACAACAUUAGCAGUCAUUCAUCAGAUCUGAAAAUAAACAAUGCAAACUACUACGAGAACGGCUCUCACAUGGAGUUAGGGCCUCCCGUCCUGAGUACUAAUGAAUCCCCCCCAACCGGACUUCAAGAUGUGUUGCAUGGUUCUCCAAAGACCUCCAUUACUUCACCAGGCUCAGAGGAACCUUUGUCUUCCUCUCCACCAGAGUCUCAGUCUCUUUCCAGUCUAAGCAAGGCAGAACCAAACCAGGCCUUUGUCACCGAGUUCUUUGACGCCAACGCAAAAAAUAGGCGCUCUCAGUCCGGCACACAGAUUACGUCCCCACCUGAGCCCUCAAACCUCCGAGUCCAGCAAGAGAAAAAGAGCUCAAGCCCUAAUACACAGAGACACAUCUCAUCUUCAUCGUCCCCUACUCCUCCCACCCAGCGUUACACUAUUCCACUGAAAGGACCCGAUUCUUCAGGGUUUCAGAGAGCUGGCUCUCUACGAAGGGAAAAAACGGAAGACAGGAUCAGCACAAGCUUUUCUUCUCGCUCUUCUUCAUCAGUGUCUGUAAAACCUUUUAGCAGCGUCGGUCGGAGGUCCAAGCUCUCCAAGGAAUUUAACGCUGAAUUACUCAAACGGAAAGAAACGUUUUCCUCCAGCUCAGAGAAAAUCGCUUCCAGUUCGCCUAAAACAACUAAAAGAGCAUUGACGAUAGUUUCACAGACAGAGCAGGGCCCGUCCAGCUCUCCUCCAUCUGAUGGAGAUCUCCACCCUCAGACUUCCUCCCCUAUCCACCCACCUGUCCCCAUAAAAACCCCUUUAACACCUGCUGACACAGCAGAGGUCAGGAGCCCCAGAAAUGAGGAGGACGACAGCGUCAGUGAUGCAGGAACUUACACCAUUGAAGCAGAUGUUCAUGACAAGGAGCUGGAAGAGGCAAGGGGCAAGAUUGACCAGGUGUUUGGUGUUGAGAGCCCAGAGCAAAUGAAGCAGACUGAAGCAGAGGCCUCCUCAGCAUUUAGGCCUGUUAUUGAUCAGGACAGGGAGGACAGUAGGCAGAGUAGCUGUGGGGAAGGUAUUCCAGCUCCAGAGCAGGGACAUAGUGUGGCAAAGGUUCAGGAGGCAGAUGCUGUGGUACAGGGGGCUCCUAAGUGGAUGUCUUGCUGGGCCAGCUUGGCUGACAGCUAUACAGAAUCAGGGCCUUCAUCUGCCCUCUUUAACAUGCCUUCCCAGAUGGAGCCGUCAGGAGGGGACCGUGCUACCAUUAUCCACAAAAACACAGUCAGUCAACUUAAGGACAAUUUGGAUGCGGAUAGUUCAAGGCCCCGACGCAUCCUUCCACCCGUACCACACGGAGACAGGAGUGACAUUCAGACUCCCAGCAUUCAUGUUCACUAUAACCCCAACACUACAUUUGAUGUGGAGAACAGUAUAUCAACAGCCCCCAGGCCUGAUGACGGCAUUCAUAGAUUAACAGUACAGGAUGAUGUGGAGCCUGACAGCCUGAGUGACGCCAGUAAAUCAGAUGACGGAUCCAUCGUAGAGCAGACUGGCAGACCGCUAUCUGAUGUAGAGGAGAAGCAAAAUGAGGAGCAGCCCAGCCUUUCUUUGAAGUCCACAUCUUUUUAUAUUGGGUCAGAGGAGGAAUCCAAGCCACAAUGUGGAGGCUUUAAAAUGGCUACUCCUAAGGUGGAAAAGAAGUCUGUCUCUAGAAUAUUUUCAUCAGCCACGCUGACCAAGCAAAAAGGCAUUCCGAGCUCUGGUAUGAAGUUCACUGCUUCUGCUCCCAUAUUGGACCAAAGGACUGAGAGUCCAGAGGGUAAAGAACCUGCAGCUCCCUCACUGAUCAGACAGGAGAGCUUCACCAAGGAGAGGCCAAGUAAUGCUAGGCUGCCAAACAUCUCUAGCCUGCCUGUUCAAAGAGACUCGGACUCUGGGCUGUUCCAGGGGAGCAGCAGUCAGGACACUCACUCUUACCUCAGACAGACAGAGGAUGCUUUGGCUGUUCUGGAGGCGAAACUCCAAGCAGCUCCACCAGUGACAACGCCAUCCCCCAUGAUGGAUUCUCUUUCUGGUGACUCUGAUGUGGAUACUUCCAGUACUGUCAGCCAACACAGCAGUAAGGCCAAAGCACACACUCUAGUGAAAAAGACAUCUGGUGGUAAUCUUCAUAGAGACAGGACUAAUACUGACUCUUCUAAUCAAGAAAUAAAUGUCCAGACUGAAAAGCAGCGUUCUUAUGAUUCCAGCAGUGAAAACAAGGCACAACCCGUCAGGAGGCACAGUGGAGUGAGACGUAGCGUAGGUAAGUCCUACUCCACAGACCUGAGUGAUGACCACCAGAGCUUACCUUACUCUGAUCAGGAAAGCAGGAACGCCCCAGCCAGCAGAAAAUACAUUGUGCCUCUUAAGAAGGAGGACAGCAAGUCGUCCAAAGUGGCCCAGGUGUUGAGCCGGGCCAACAGCUUGUCAGCCCCAAGACCCACCAGGGCCUCCAUGCUCCGACGGGCUCGUCUGGGAGAGUCGGACAAUGAGGGCACAGAGACCGAUAGGUUAGCCCAAGAGGUGAAUAACCCUGCCGCAAAGCAGACGCAGGAAGCCAAGAAGCUUUCUAGACUGGAUAUGCUGGCCAUGCCUCGUAAGCGCGCAGGCUCGUUCAACAUACCGAGUGACACAGAAAGUUCUUCCAGGACCACAAGCUUUUCCACCCGCAGCAUCGAUCCCAGCAGCAGCUCCAAUCAGCGCAUGUCUACUCCAGGAACCAAACCAGGGGAGAGGCCACAGAAGCCAGCGCUCAACAAAACCCCAGUUACUCGCUCACGCUCUAGCAGUGCCAAAUACGCCAGCAGCACAGCAAGCUCUAGGAGGCGACACAAGGGCUCUGACUAUACUUCUACCUCAGAUGAAGAGUAUGAAUCAAACUGGAGCGAUCUUAAACACAAACGCUCCCAACCUUCCUCAGCUUCUCAUAGUGCCCACGGUCGGCCUCGGUCCCACCCAAUAGUCGCCCAGCACCCGAAACCACGCAGCCGCAACUCUGAUGAGGAGAACCAUGAAGGAGAAGGGUUCAACAGCUGGUCCACCCACAGUGCUGAGAUCGCACGGUUGAGCCAAGAUCUUGCCAAAGAUUUGGCGAUCCUGGCCAGAGAGAUCCAUGAUGUAGCAGGAGACGGUGAUCACCCAACCCCUGAGGAAAAGAGCGGUGGACAGAAGGUUCUUCAUGUCCCAGAGUCUGAGAAAAAGCAUAGAAUCCAACAGAGUCCUUUACCAACAAGAGAACCUGAACUGAGGUCAGAUGACCACGACCUGAGCUCCAGGCAUUCGACUCAAAGCAGAAAAGAGGUUAAUGUGGAAAGUUUGAUGCUGAAUCCUGUGUAUCAAGUCACAGCAGCCAUCAGAGAAAAUACUGAGCAGCUUGCUGAGAAGAUUAAGGUUCUGUUCCAGGACAGGAUGGAUAUGUGGGAGGACAUUGAGGACAGAAUUCAUGCAGACGGGGACAUUUCAGUUGGCAAAAUUUCCAACAAGGAAAUGGUUUCUAUUUUGAAAGAACUUCGGAGGGUCCAGAUCCAGCUUGAAGUUAUUAAUGCAGCCAUGGACCCCAGUGGUACCGAUGAAACAAUCAAGAGCACCACUGCUGCUUCAUCCUCUUCUUCCUCUGAAGUUCAGUCUUCCAGAACUUCUUCGUCUAGAGACUGGAGAACUGUCCACUCCGUCUCUAAGCGCGGCGGUGGUCCAAGGCCCAGCGAGAGCGUGAGGAGGGCCGCUGUGACACCAGAUGACCUCCGUCAGGGAUAUUUAGUCUGAAGUCUGGCACGCACAGAAACACAGAUGCACCAACUUGCUCGGCGACUAUUCAAAGAUCGCCGUUCACAGCUGUUAGCUAGUGAAACCAGUCUGAGAGGAAGUGACUGGAUCUAAAAAGCUGUGGUGAGCUCACAAUGUUUGGAAGUGUAUUUUUUUAAUAAAACAACCACAGGAGGUGGAGACUUAAGGAAGUACCUUGACAUUUCAUUAAAGCUCACCUCAUCUUGUUAAGCUUGAUCUUACACAAUGUUCUCUUUAUUUGCCAAUCAAAUAAAUUAAUGUCUGAUUUUUAUGAAUGUGUUAUUAUGUUGCUAAUUAAUAGCCAGCCUGAGUACAGUCAUCUCAGGGAAAUCUGUAAAUGUAUGUUUAGUUACAAAUGAUUUAUUUGAAUCUGACUAUUUUUGUGCACAGGCUCCUCAACUGCAUUGCAUUUCUCUAUAGAUGAAUAUUUUUCCAGUGUUUAUUUUUGUGUCUGAUUCCUUUUCUCUGACAAAUUUAUUGAGGAAUGUAAAAGCUAUUUAUAAGUUUUUUUGUGAAUCACACAGCAGGAAUUGAGAGACUUUGUAGCCUCCUGUGCCAGACUGUUGAAUGUCAUUUUACACAGCUGCUCAAAGGCAAUUGGGAGUGCUUUUUUUUUUUUUUUUUUGGUUCUCAUCUUCUUAUUCGGGAGCCGAGGGAGGAAAUCCUUCAGGAAUGUGCAAUCUGAAUGGAAGGAGGAGCCUACUCCUCUGCUGUUAAACCACCUUGCUGAACAAAGCAAGUGGCGAUUGUUUAAAAAAAGGCACGUUUUUAAGCAUUCCUGCUUAUACAGAUAUGUUGCUUUGUAACUUUUUAUGACCUUUCCUCCAGAAGCAGAAUUGAAAUAUUUGACCAAAGAUGAUCAUGAAAAGUUGUAAUUUGUGUUCUUCUGAAUUUUUUUCUCAUUAAUGCUCUGGUCAGGGAUUAAUCCCCCCCAUCCCUCUAAUCUGCAUUGAUGUCAAUAAAUUGGUGCAAAUCUUUAUAUCACGAUUAA